AUGGUGACAUUCACGGCACGGCGGAGCGAGCCCGAGCUGGUGCGUCCGGCGCGGCCAACGCCUAUUGAGAUAAAGGCCCUCUCCGACAUCGACGAUCAGUGGACACUGCGGUUCUAUGAGUCCAUCAUCGGAUUCUUCCGCGCCCCUCAUGGAGGAGGCGCCAAGCCGGGCAAAGUGGCGAAGGGCAUCAAGGCGGCCAUGGCGGGGGCUCUGGUCUACUACUACCCGAUGGCUGGCCGUCUGCGGACGAUCGCAGGUGGAAACAAGCUGGAGGUGGACUGCACAGGGGAAGGAGUGAUGUUUGUGGAGGCGACUGCGGACGUGCAGCUGGAGGACCUCGGCCAGCCGUUGUUGCCGCCGUACCCGUGCGUCGAGGAGUUCUUGGGAGAUGCCGGUGACACCAGGGAUGUAGUUGGCAAGCCACUCCUUUUCCUCCAGGCGACAGAACUCAAAUGUGGAGGUUUUGUUAUCGGGCUUCAUAUAUGCCAUUGCAUUGCUGAUGGUUUUGGCAUCCUCCAAUUUAUCAAAUCUAUAGCCGACUUUGCAUGUGGUGAACUCAUCCCAACAACUUUGCCCGUGUGGAAAAGAGAUAUCUUCGUAGCACGUAUGCCACCCUCCAUCACACAUGCCUACCCGGCAUAUAAACCAUUUCUUCAUGGUUUAGACAACACGGGAGAUGAUGUGAUGCUAUCAACUCCACCAGAGAGCAUGGAGGUGCAAUAUUUAUUCUUUGGGCCAAAAGAGAUUGAUACUUUACGAAGACAUGUCCCUGAACACCUUUCCAAAUCUACAACAACUUUUGAGUUGCUUACCGCUGUCAUGUGGCGAUGCCGAACUUUGGCACUUCGUUAUGGAUCUAGCCUGAAAGUACGUGUCAUGUUUACUUUAAAUACACGUGGGAGAAGCGUUAAUGGUGAAAGCUCCGUGCCACAUGGUUACUAUGGAAAUGCACAUUUCUCUCCAAUGAUUGAGGUAACAGUAAAUGAGUUGGUGACCAAACCGUUGGCACAUAUACUUGAGCUAAUGCGCAAAGUCAAAUUGGAGACCACAAAGGAUUGCAUGAACUCCAUGGUUGAUUUGUUGGCAUUAUGGCGAGAGAAGUCGCCAUUCAACAUGGACAUGACAUAUGAGGUUAGUGAUACAAAGUGGGUUGAAGGGAAUGCCCUACGAUUUGGGAAGGCUGAGUUGGUUGCUGCUAGCACACCACAUGCAGGAGAUUUCACUUCAAAGUUAAUAAGCUAUCAUAUGAAGUGUAAGAAUAAAGACGGUGACGACUCUACGGUGGUAUCAAUCUUACUACAAAAUCCAAUAAUGGAGAAGUUUACAAAGGAGAUGACUAUUUGGUUGAAGAAGUGACAAAGAUACACUAAGUCAAUUAUAUUCUAUACUCGCCUCUUCUACUUUAUAGUCUUUUGACAUUUGGAUCAAAACAUCGACCAAUGUCAGAUGUGUGCUACCGUAAAACAUAUAGGAAAAUUAGAAAUGGAAUCACUAGUUGG